AUGCUCGCCGCCUCUCACUUGCUCCUUGCCCUCGCAGGCUUGACUGCUGUGCAGGCCCACAUGCAGCUCGAGUAUCCGCCGCCCUUCAACGCAAGUAACAACCCGCACCGCACCACCGAAGCCGACAACAUCUACGUCUAUCCUAUGGGUUGCUGUGGCAGGGAGGACACAAAGGCCAUCUGUCGCGGCUAUCUCGACCUUCUCGGUACUCCCGACGGUGCUCCAGUCGCUACCUGGGCUGCUGGCUCCAAGGUCACCUGGAACAUCACUGGUGACCCCAAGUUCACUCUAAACGAUCUUGGUGGAACUCACUAUGGCGGCUCUUGUCAAGUUGCCUUCUCCGUCGACAAAGGCAAGACUUUCAAGGUUGCUGCUUCAUAUGAGGGUAACUGUCCGCACCGCAAUUCCGGGCUCGAAUCCGGCCAAGACUUCGAAAUGACUGUUCCUCGGGAGAUGCCUACUGGCGAAGCUCUCUUCGCCUGGACUUGGAUCAACCGCGAGCAGGAGUUCACCAUGAACUGUGCUGCCGUGACAAUCACCAACGACGACGAUGACGGUGAUAGUGGCACCUCUUCUUCCACUUCCCCUUCUUCCGCUCCAGCUACCUCUGCUGCCUAUGGGCCCUCAACCCCAAUCCCUGUCCAAUCAACUCCUCAGCCUGUACCCACACCCUCUUCCUCCUCGGGCCCGACAGUCAACGGUUCCCCUAAGCAGUUCUCGCUUGAAUGGUGCAGCUGCGACUGCGAAACUGCCUCAACAAGCACCGACGAAGAAGAUGCCUAUGAAGCCAGUGGCUGCUCCUGCAAAUGCUGGAAGAAGCCUCAAUCUAUCUCCAAGCGCGCCACUGACUCCUCUCACCUAUCACGCCACCUCCAUCGCCGCGUCGCAUCCAACUUCGAAGCCAGCAGGCAGCAGCGCCGCUCACUGGCCGAGCAGCACCAGGGAGUCGAUGCCACGCUUAAGCUGAAGGAGAAGCGUGCAGCUGCCUGGGCCGCGCGUGCUGAUCUAUUCAUCCCCGAUCCCAUCUGGCAUGACUGCAAGCUGCCGUUGACGAGUGCUGAGCUUAAGUAUCCAAGUCCUGGUGACGAGCUCGUCGAAGGCGACGGCGAGUAUCCGCUUGAGCUGCCGGCGACGGCAGAUUGCGUGAGCGAUCAGUCAGGCUGA